GUGAUAAGCGGCAUUUUUUGAUUAUCAGUAUAAGUAGACUGUUAAUAUAUACGCCAUUUCCAAGAGUGAUUGCUAAUGGUGAGAAUGUAUUGGCAUACACCAGGAUCCAAAUUCAUCUGUCUCCUACUGGGAGUUUGCAGUACAGCUGUUCGUUCCAGUUUGGCAGCAAAUGAAGAUUUGAAAGUGAUUUUUCAGUGGUCCCAGGUUGAAUUUGACUAUCCCUCUGAAAGUAUCAGACAGGCUGAUAUCAACAGCGGAAAUUUCAUGCCAGGAAGACCCGCACCUAUUGAUGUAGACAUCCACUAUCCAAGUGACAAUGGCGCGACAAAAGUUUUUGUCGCCAUUCCUAGGUUCCAGCCUGGUGUACCUGUAACCUUAGGUACAGUGUCCAAUAAAGUUAGGAAUGGCAAUCCAAUUAUCUCUCCAUACCCGUCUUGGGAUUGGCACACUGAACCUUCAAAAUGCAAGACUGAUAGAAUCGUUUCUGUUUUCAGAGUGAUGAUAGACGAAUGUGACAGACUUUGGGUAUUGGAUACUGGAAGAUUAUUGGAAGAAAUAAAAUGCCCCCCUCAGAUUCUGGCAUUCGAUUUAAAAACUAAUAGACUCCUCCAUCGAUAUGAAAUUCCCUCCAGUCAGCUAGAAUCUCGUUCUACCCUAGUUACACCGGUUGUGGAGAUAAGAGACAGAAGAAACCAAUGUCACAAUACUUUCGUCUACUCGGCAGAUUGUCAGACAUAUUCCAUCAUCGUGUAUGACCUUCAACGACAGACUUCUUGGAGA